GCCCCAGCGAGUUCAGAGCCUGAGGCCCGAUCCAGCAGGCCCGGGACCUAGCCUUACCUGCACUCGCUGAAGAUGAGCAAAUCCAUAACUCCUUCAACAUACGUGCGCUGCAUUGGUUAUAAACUCAUGAUGCAACUGGCUGAUUUCAUUGAUCCACAAGAAGGAUGGAAGAAGCUAGCAGUAGAUAUAAAAGACCCUUCUGGCGAAGACAGAUACAACCAAAUGCAUAUAAGGAGAUUUGAAGGGCUAAUAAAGAUGGGUAAGAGCCCCACCUGUGAAUUACUCUAUGACUGGGGAACAUCAAACUGUACAGUUGGUGAUCUUGUGGAGCUAUUGACCAGGAAUCACUUCCUAGCACCAGCUAGCCUUCUGCUUCCAGAUGCUGUUAGGGUGGCAGAUGAUGUUACGGUACCUCUUUCUUCACAAGAAACUAUGCCUAUAGAUAAAACUAUGCCUGUACAGGAAAAACCAGUAAUAUCUGCAACACCUCUUUUAGCUGAGAGUAGUGAGGGACAACUUUCAGCUCCUUCCUGCUUACCUCAAGAGAACAACAGUCUGCAACUUAGUGACACAGGUUUCCACAGCUUUUGGUUCCAUGAGUUGAAAAAUGUUACAAACAACUUCGAUGAACGACCUACAUCAGCUGGAGGUAAUAAACUGGGAGAAGGAGGCUUUGGAGUUGUGUACAAGGGCUACAUCGAUGGCAGAAUUGUGGCAGUGAAAAAACUUGCUGCUAUGGUUGAUGUAAGCAUUCAAGAUCUGAAACAGCAGUUUGAUCAAGAAAUAAAAAUAAUGGCAAAAUGUCAACAUGAGAACCUAGUAGAACUGCUUGGUUUCUCAGGUGAUGGUGAUCAGCCCUGUCUGGUUUACGAAUACAUGCCCAAUGGUUCAUUGCUUGACAGACUGGCUUGUCUGGAUGACACUGCACCAAUUCCUUGGAGUGCAAGGUGUAACAUUGCUCAAGGUACAGCAAAUGGCAUCCGCUUUUUGCAUGAAAACAAUCAUAUUCACAGAGAUGUUAAAAGUGCAAAUAUCUUACUAAAUGAAUUAUUUGUGCCAAAAAUUUCUGACUUUGGACUUGCAAGGGCAUCUGUGAAAUUCACACAAACCAUCAUGACAGAUAGAAUUGUGGGAACAGCAGCCUAUAUGGCACCCGAAGCGCUGCGUGGAGAGAUAACACCCAAAUCUGAUAUUUUCAGUUUUGGUGUGGUUUUACUGGAAAUAAUAACUGGGCUUUCGCCAAUAGAUGAAAACCGGGAGCCACAGUUACUGUUAAGUAUCAAAGAAGAAAUUGAAGAUGAGGAAAAGACAAUUGAAGAUUAUGUUGAUGAAAAAAUGAGUGAUUGGGACACCAUUUCCAUUGACAAAAUGUAUUCAGUUGCUAGUCAGUGUCUGAAUGAAAAAAAGAACAGGAGGCCAGACAUUAAGAUGGUCCAGCAGCAUCUACAAGAGAUAAAAGCCUGAUAUCUGUUUCUUACCAGUUUGGUGCUAUUCCUGCAUUCAAGGCUUUUGUGGCCUAUAUGUGCAAUCUGUU